AUGUCUUCCUCCCGUGAUUCACCAGAGGUUCACCAUUCUGGACAACCGGGGAACACAUCUACAACCGCCGGUCUACCGGAUGAGAUCCUUUGCGACAUUUUCAAGCGUGUCCUACAAAUGUCGCGGAGGGAUGUGCCGUUUGAGGAGUCUAUUGGGUACCCGUGGUUGGUGGAUAGUGACUAUCCCAAGGACGUUCCGCCUGAAGAAUCCAUGUUAGCGCCAUUGCGACUCAGCCAAGUUUGCAGGUUAUGGCGCAGCCUUGCUCUGUCAUUUCCGUCCCUAUGGACCGAAAUUACCGUUCUCAUAUACAAAUUCGACAGUGCACGAAGGGAUGAAUGGUUUUCAGAUGCAGUCGACACCUGGAUCGAGAGAUCCAGAAUAUCUCCGCUUUCCCUUAGGGUUGAGUGCGAUACUUCCUGCUUGACUGAGCGGGGUUAUCUGCACAACGAGGUUGAUUAUGAAGCAUCUGACGACCCGGGGCCCAAAUUGGAGAUUACGGCGCAUAUUCUAGAAAAAUUGCUUGACCACCAGAACCGAUGGAGAGACGCUUCCUUUACCUUCAUUGGACCCGAUCCUAAAAUUCUACCGCAACUUGGCCUUGUUGAUGCCCCACUCUUGGAAUCGCUCUACAUUUACUGGGGCGGGUUCACCCAGCGUCAUGACAUGACGCAAAUCGACCUUGACAUUUCGUGUUCUCCGAGACUGAGCAACCUACACGUCAGAAGCAUUCCUCGCGUUAUAACCGGGGGAGUUUCGAGUCUGAGAGAGUUGACUCUGGACAGCUGGGAGGCGCCCGUAAGCAGAGACUUCGACAUACAGCAAUCGGUUCUCCUAGAAAUAAUCCAAGACAUGCCAAACUUGGAAGUUCUUGACAUUGGUGCCCUGCACUGCAUAUCUGACUCUGGGAUAUAUAACUCUCGCAUCACUUUGCCUAAACUGCACACACUCGCAGUUCAAGGUGAUGAUUAUUCUACAUCCAUCGUCAGCCAGUUGAUCCUACCAGGACUGAAACGCUUGACUUGGAAGCAUUGCCUGCAAGACGGCGACGUCAACGUGUAUUCGGAUAUGCUGGGACGGUCCCGGGCUUCCCUGGAGUAUUUCGAGUUCCGCUGGACUGCCGUGGUUGAAAGCGUAUUUGCCCCUUUUCUGCGGCUCAUCCCGAGCCUGAAAACGAUUUGUAUGGAAUACGUCGCGCUCACGUACGAUCUCUUCGAGAUGCUAUCCGUCAAGGAGUCAGGCGAGUCUCGGGACGCUAGUUCCAUUAUAUGUCCCAAUCUCGAGGAACUUAUCAUCGUAAAUAAUCACCACAAAAUUAUCAUGGAGCGUGUUUCCAUUGGCCCGGAAUACGCAAUGGCAGAAUUGGUGAAUUUCGACUUUGAAUGA